ACAGGAAGUGGUGUCAAUGUGUGCGUCGUUAUUUUCACUGCUGCUAGUGUUUUUGUCCUUAAAAAAAAAGAGCUAGCCUGCUAACAAAAACACGGGAUUUUUUGGGUCUGUUCAGGGAACAAAAUGAAACAUAACUCUAAUGUUCCUGCAUUUCUCACCAAGCUGUGGACUCUGGUGGAAGAUUCCGACACUAAUGAAUUCAUUUGCUGGAGUCAGGAGGGUAACAGUUUCCUCGUGCUGGAUGAGCAACGGUUCGCGAAAGAAAUCCUGCCAAAGUUUUUUAAGCACAAUAACAUGGCCAGUUUUGUCCGACAGCUGAACAUGUACGGCUUUCGCAAGGUGAUGCACAUUGACACCGGCAUAGUGAAGCAAGAACGGGAUGGACCGGUUGAAUUCCAGCAUCCUUACUUUCAGAACGGCCGAGACGAUUUACUGGAGAACAUAAAGAGAAAGGUGUCCAAUACCAGGCCAGAAGACAGCAAACUGAGGCAAGAGGAUCUGUCCAAAAUUCUGUCUAGUGUUCAAACUGUGCACGACAAACAGGAAAACAUGGACGCCAGGCUUGCCACUUUGAAACGUGAGAACGAGGCUCUGUGGAGGGAGAUGUCAGAUCUCAGGCAGAAGCAUGCGCAACAGCAACAUGCUAUAAAAGAGCUUGUGCAGUUCAUCCUCACGCUGGUCCAGAAUAACCGUGUGCUAAACUUGAAACGCAAGAGGCCUCUGCUAUUGAGCAGCAAUGGAAAGAAGUCAAAAUUCAUUUCGCAGAUCUACGAGGAACCAGUGGACCACGGCAACUCUGCAGUGAGUGGUCUGACGAACAACACUGACGUUGCCGAUGACGUCAUCAUCUGUGAUAUCACGAACGGAGACGCAGAAGUCACAGUGGACACAACGAGAGUGGUAGAUGAGGGGGAUGCUGAAAUAGUUGAGGUAGACUGUGACAACAGCGAGACCACGGAAAAGGUGAGCACAAAUGGACAAAUAUCAACAGACAAUACUCUUCAAACUGAAGGUGAAACAUCCAGAAGCUCGGUCGGCAUCCAACCAACCUGCAGCGCGUUGCAGUUAAACCAUUGUUCAGCUCUGAGUCAGGAGGACCCUGUGAAGAUGAUGGACUCCAUCCUCAAUGAGAGCGGCACCAUUUCUCAGAACAUUAACCUUUUGGGCAAAGUGGAGCUGAUGGACUACCUAGACAGUAUUGACUGCAGCUUGGAAGACUUUCAGGCCAUGCUGUAUGGAAAGCAGUUCUCCAUUGACUCCGGCAUUCUAGAGGAAACCAGCUCAAAAGGUGGAAAUGUUUCUGCUAAGACCAAGACUGAGAAUUACAAUGCAGAUAAACAGUUGAUUCAGUACACCAGCUGUCCCCUGCUGGCCUUCCUGGAUGGUUGCAGUCCUCUCCCCUCGGUUGCAGAACCACAGCCUGAAGGUCUAGACCAGGCUUCAGUGAGGCAGAACACAGAAGACACUGUGGACCUCCUGCAGUCAUCCCUGCAGACAGAAGAGGCUCCUCGCAGCUCAAUGAUCCGCCUAGAGCCCCUCACUGAGGCAGAGGCCAGUGAAGCCACACUCUUCUAUCUGUGUGAACUGGACUCAGACCUGCCUCCUGCUGACCCGCCCCAACUCGACGUCUAAUGAAGGGAAAGAAGCAAAAAGGACCAGAUGAUGUUUUUUUUUUGUACAUAUUCAUCAAAAUGAUGAUCUAUUUAUUUGAUGCAAUUUUUGGUACAUUUCUUGUCACCUUGAAUUAUGACAUUCCAUUAUGUCACAUCUGCUUUUUGAUCUUGUUCACUGUUAAUAAAUAAACAAGGGUUACAUUGCAGCAAGUUUGUUACAUGAGAUUGUAGCUUUUCUUAUUUUGUGUUUUCUUUGUCCUUUUUUAUAUUGAAUUCUGUGACUUCGAGAUUGGUUUGGGUUAGUCAUGUGACAUGGUAUAGAAGUGCCUGCGCUCAGAUCUCUGUACAUAACAGUACUCUUAUUAGUUCAAUAAUGUUCUGAAAGUACAGUGAUUUGCCUUUCUCUUUAUGCUUUGUCAGUAUCCCAAGCUUGUCAAUGAUAUUAAAAAAAUUGCAAAGAA